GUGAACACCAACAUCAUCGAGGAUCGUGCCAAGGACGAUCUGCAAGAAGAGAACUUGCAGCUACGAAGGACCCAGGCUGAGAUGAAGUCACGCCUGCAGAAGCUCCAGACGCAAAUCCGCGGUGCCCGGGAAGAUCCCUGGGAAGCAAAGGCCCUGGAGCAGAAGGCCGCUGACUUGGAGCAGCUUCAACGAGCUCUCUCCGCCCCCGGGGGCAAAGUCCGCAAGGCCUCGACAUCUCCCGGAGCCCGCCGCGGCCUCCGCAGCAGGCAGCAAUCGCAGCGGACAGGGGGCGGUCGACUCCGUGGCCGCAUGACAAUCAUGCCCUGGGACCAGGCCUUCCAGAAGGACGACGCUGGUCGCCUGGCUGAUGCUCCAGCUCGAUCGCUGUCUCCCCCUUCUCGGUGCAUGCCACUGCCUGCAGUACAUGUGCCUGCGUCACCGGUGGCACAAUCCCCGUGUGCGAGGCCACCGAGUUUUGGCAGUCUGGUUCCGCCUCCGCCGGCAGACUCGCCAACUGGCAGAGGCCGCGCAUCUCCCAGAGCCCCACUUGCUCCGAGGGUGGCUCCCCCCGCUACUUUACCGGCGCCUCCACCGGAUGCGAAGGAGCCGGGGCUGCAGCCGGGCCAUACUUGCCUGGGCCUCUCGCUGCCAUCGCUGCCGGAGGUCCCGGCCCUCUCUGUCGCACCUGCCAUGGACGAGCGGGAGAAGCAGCAGGCGCUGGAGCUCCGGGAUCGCAAUCGCGAGCUGUCCAGCCAGCUUGACCGACUGCUGGUGGACAAGUUCUCAGAGGAUGCCUUGCACGACAAGUCCAAGAUAAGGUACAAGGAGAAAAUCAAAGCCAAGGAUGCAAAGAUCAGCUCCUUGGAGACCGCUUUGGAGCGGCUCCGAGAGAAGGCUCGCCACAUCGAAGGCUCCAUGCGCCACGAUGCGCAACAGCUUGCCAUCGAUGUGGCAGUGCUUUCGACAGAACUCCACCACGCUCAGGUGCACGGCUCCUUGCCGGAGGAGAACUCCGGUCUACGAGCCCAGCUGGCCCAGGCAAUUGCCUCUGCCGACGAGAUGAAGAGGCAGAUUCGCGACAUCACAAAAUUCGCCUUCUCCUCCGUCGCCGAUCAGCGCAUCAUCUCCGAGCAGCGAAUCAAGGAGCUGGAGGAGCUCCUGGGCAAGAGGGCCGAGGAGAACGAGAAGCUGACGGCCCAGAGUCAGCUGAUUCAGCACGAGCAGGACCAGGUUCGAUGUGACAUUGCAGAGUUCGAGCAGCAAAGUCGGGCACUUCUGGAGGACAACGAGCGCAAAGCGAUUCAGAUGGAGGAGAGAGCCAAGGCAGUCCGUAGGGCGCAGUCGCAGCUGACCGACGUCUUGGACACCCUGGAAGAGGAAGACAGGAAGGUGAUGGUUUUCUCCCUGCAGUUCCUGCGUGAGCGAGAGGAGAAGGCCGCGGAGGAGGUGGCGCAGAGAGCUGAUGCGCAGCGAGCGGCAGGACCCAGGGCUCCGCCGCCUCCGGGCCAGGGGCCCAGCGUGGAAGAGUUGGCCCGCCGGAUCGACGCCCUCCGGGCAGAGAAGGACGAGCUCGGGUCCGAGCUCCAGGCCUUGCAGGACAUCUGCCAGCGUGAGCGGGGCAUCGCCAAGGAUCGGCAGAAACUUCACCAGAUGGACCUUGAGGAAAUCCACCUACAGAUGCAGGUCAGGAUGUCUGAUUCGGAACGCCUGUGGAAGAUCGCCAAAGAGCGAGAAGGUCGCAUUCAGGAGCUGCAGCUGCGCCUCGUGAAGCGCAAGGAGCAGAGGUUUGCUCAGCCCUCCCGCAUGGUGGGUGCUCGCUCCGAAAUCAUCAGCGACGGCGGCUUCUCUGACCUCUCGGAAAUCGCCGAUGACAAGAAUGUGUUGGACUUGUACAUCACGCUGGGGCAGAUCGAGGACAGGGCGCUGCAGGAACUUCCUCGACAAGGCGAGGGAACUUGGCAGAUCCCUCCGGAAAACAGCCUGUGCACUCUGGUCAUUGCCGAGUUCAUGCACUGCGAUGUCGGAACUUCCGAGACGGCCGUCGGCCUAAAGCCACGCUACGACUCCUUGUUGUCCUUCGGGCCUUUCGAGGUCGGCGAUGCAGAGGUCGAGCACUUUGCCCGGGCAGCAGUGAGGUUGGAGCUCCAGGCCUUCUCGACUGUGGGCUCUGCUUCCUACGUCUUGGGCAGAGCCGCUCUCCCUCUGGCUGCCUUGUUGGACUGCACCCCACAGGAUCCCAACCCGGUGAUUGCUGGCACUCUGUCCUUCGCAUACGAGGCCGACACGCAUGUGCAAAUUGCAACCGUCCGGUACAAGGCAAGAUGGCGAAAGAGCAUCAUCAAGCCCCUGGAGACGUACACGAUCACGAGUGGCAUGUCUCCAGUUGCAGCUGUUGCUGCUGUGGCAGAGAACGCAGGGCCAGGCACAGCAGCUGCUCCUGGGUUGAUGGAUGCUGCGAAGGGGCUCAUCGUCCACAUUUACCACGUGACUUCAUUGGUCCCUACACAGCCCGGUGUGGCGGCGGAGAGCCUGCAGCCCUACGUGACGUACGAGGUCCCUGGGCACAAGGCGCACUUCACCCAAAGCGGCAGCGGACCCAACGUCACCUUCGAGGAUGCCCGGCGGAUGGUCGUGCGCGUGGACAGCGACUUCUGCAGGUGGGUGCAGAACGGUGGCGGACUUCACUUCCUGGUCUUCGACGCGUCGAUGCCAGCAGCGGGCGACUCCGAGGAACAGCUCGGCCUCAUCGGCGAGGCUCGGGUUCCGCUGAACCAGCUGCUUACGUCUCAGUACAAUCGCGUCCAGGGAAACUUCCCGCUCCACCGAUCCGGUGUCGGUGCAGAGCUUCCGCCUGUUGGAUACAUCGAGCUGUCGGUUUCAUGGCAGGAUGAUCCCAGCUCCGUCCUCGCGCCGGGCGUCAUCGGCUUGUCUCCUUUCGAGGCUGAUCGUGGAAGCAUCACGGAGGAGCAAUUCCAGGUCCUUUGGCAGCGUGUCAUCCGCCGCCUGCACGUGCUUAAGCUCGCUCCGGUGGACUGGUUCCACAAGCACGAUGUGGACCAGGACGGCUUCUGGUCAAAGGCAGAGUUCACGGCCGCGCUCUCGAGCAUGCCUUUGGGCUUGUCGGCUCUGGAGACGGACUACAUCUUUAACUGGACGGACCGGCGAAGGCGGAAGCUCGUUGCCUUGGAGGACUUGGCUUUGGCAUUCGAGCAGGGCAAGAAGGCUGCGCCUUUGGAACAGUGGGCUAGGGACAUCUACCGCCGCAUAGCUCUCGCGCUGAGGAGACAAGGUUGGACUGUCCGGGAGGCCUUUGACCUGGUCACCAAAGACCGACGGGCACAGAAGAGCGAAUUCUUCACGCUGGUGAACAGCCUCGAGCUUGGCCUCCGCUCUGAGCAGCUGGAGUGGCUGUGGAAGCUGUCUGACACGAAUGCAGAUGGCCUCCUGGACUACAUCGAGUUCGCUCAGCGCAUCGCGGAGGUGACAGGCAUCAGCACAACGGCCUUCCCAGUUCCCCGAGACGAGGAUGUGCUUGAGCCUCCCAGUCCGGGCCCGCGACCUCCCAUCUCCUUACUCAAUGCGGCCGCCGGCAUGUCCGAAGCUUGGGCCAAUCUUUGCCAAGCUCGGGACCUGUGUGCCCAGCAGGAGCGCAGGUUGAGCAUCGGCAUGGCUCGCCCGGCACACUCGCUGCAGGAAAUCUGCUCGCGUGUCAACGACGCCUUGCGCCGCAAGGGCCAGACACCGGACGCGCUGUUCGACGCCCUCGCGGGUGGUGGGCAGGAAGUACGUUGGCCGGACUUCCGGGCGCUGUUUGCGCAAAUCGAGCCUUCCUUGGAAGAGUGGCAGCUACAGCAGCUGUGGGCCACCUUCGAUACCAAUGCCGACGGCGGCAUUUCCCGCGAGGAGUUCAAGAAGCAGCUUGCGAACGUGCAGGCUUCGGCAACAGCGGGUGUCACCCAGCCGCAG